CAGUUGCCUGGGAUUUUUAUGAAUGGAGACUAUAUUAUUGGAGGGAUUUUUACUUUUCAUCAUUACACAAGAACAGAGCAAAUUACUUACACCAGGCUGCCAUCCCGAACACAGUGCUAUGGCAUUGACUUCAGGGAAGUGCGCUUUGCCCGUGCCAUGGAGUUCACCAUCCAUGAGAUCAACAGCAGAGCAGAUCUCCUCCCAGGCAUUACUUUAGGCUAUCAGAUACAUGACUCAUGCUCUACUGUGCCAAUGGCAAUUAGAGUUGCAUUUCAACUUGCAAAUGGCUUUGAGUCAGUUUUCAAUGAAACUAUGUUUCAAUGUUCUGAAUAUGCAUCAGCCAAUGUGCCUGCUAUCAUAGGAGAUUCUGCUUCCACACAAUCAAUCAGCAUAGCUAGAAUGCUUGGUCUUUUUGGAAUUCCACAGGUGAGUCACUACGCAACCUGUGCGUGUCUGAGUGAUAAGCAUCACUAUCCUACCUUUUUUAGGACCAUACCUAGUGACCAACACCAAGCAGCUGCACUGGCAAGAAUGGUCAAGCACUUUGGCUGGACAUGGAUAGGAGCAGUUCGUAGUGACUCAGAUUAUGGAAAUUUUGGAAUGGCAUCAUUCCUAAAAGCUGCGCAAGUGGAGGGGAUCUGUGUGGAAUACUCUGAGGCUUACUACAGGACACAACCACAGAGUAAACUGGAGCGAGUGGCAAAUGUCAUUCGCAGAUCCACAGCCCGGGUUAUAAUAGCAUUUAUGGCAUCAGGUGACAUGAAGAUUCUUUUAGCGGAGCUAUCACGACAGCCACUACCUCCACUUCAGUGGAUUGGAAGUGAAACGUGGAUCACAGAUCCUGGUAUUUUACGAUAUAACAUGUGUGCUGGUGCAAUAGGGUUUGGUGUUCCCCGGUCAGUUAUUCCAGGUCUUCGUGAAUUUCUUCUAGACCUCACUCCAAUCAAAGCAUUAGAAUCACCCCUGUUAACAGAACUUUGGGAGAGCUCAUUCAACUGUUACCUUAAAGGUCGAACAGGUGUCUCAGAAGGCAUGCAGGAAUGUGAUGGCAGUGAGGACAUUCACACUCUCCAGAACCCAUAUUUAGACACAUCUCAGUUGCGCAUCACUAACAUGGUGUACAAAGCAACAUAUGCCAUAGCGCACGCAAUCCACAGACUGAUUUGUAAUGGCACCAAAUGUGAUAAGACCAUUCAAUUUUCACCAUGGCAGAUAUUCAAUCAGCUCAAACUAGUGAACUUCACUACAAAUAAUGGGUUUCAGGUCUCAUUUGAUUCUAAUGGAGACCCUCCAGCUGUCUAUGAACUCAUAAACUGGCAGUUUAAAAAAAAUGGUGCUUUGGAUUUCGUCACAGUGGGCCAGUAUGACUCAUCCAGACCAAGAGGAGAAGAGUUCAGAAUGAGCAAAAGUAUCAGCUGGUUUGAAGGACAGACUGAGGUACCAGUGUCUGUCUGUAGUGAGAGCUGUCCUCCAGGCACCAGGAAAGCUGUUCAGAAAAGAAGGCCUGUCUGCUGUUUUGACUGCAUACCAUGUGCUGAAGGGGAGAUCAGUAACAUAACGGACUCUUUGGAUUGUUUGCGCUGCCCUCCUGAGUUUUGGCCCAAUGCCAAGCAAGACAGCUGCCUCCCCAAGCCUGUUGAGUUCCUCUCCUGGGAUGAAACUCUGGGCAUCAUCCUAACACUGUUCUCCAUCAUUGGGGCCUUCAUGGCUGUGUGUGUGGGUGCUGUUUUUUACAAGCACAGGGCCUCUCCUUUUGUUAGAGCCAACAACUCUGAACUGAGCUUUCUGUUGCUCUUCUCUCUGACUCUGUGUUUCCUCUGUUCACUUACUUUCAUUGGUCGGCCCUCUGAGUGGUCCUGUGUACUGCGCCACACAGCAUUUGGGAUCACCUUUGUCCUUUGCAUCUCCUGUGUUCUGGGAAAAACAAUAGUGGUGUUAAUGGCAUUCAGGGCUACACUUCCAGGUAGUAAUGUCAUGAAAUGGUUUGGGCCUCCACAACAAAGACUCAGUGUGAUUUCUUUUACUCUCAUACAAGUCCUUAUUUGUGUGCUUUGGUUGAAAAUAUCACCCCCUUUCCCCUUCAAAAAUCUAAAGCACUACAAGGAAAGAAUUAUCCUGGAAUGUGGCUUAGGUUCAGCUAUAGGAUUCUGGGCUGUGCUGGGAUAUAUAGGAGUCCUUGCACUUUUAUGCUUUAUUUUGGCUUUUCUAGCACGGAAGUUGCCUGAUCAUUUUAAUGAAGCCAAAUUCAUCACAUUCAGCAUGCUAAUAUUUUCUGCAGUUUGGAUCACCUUUAUUCCUGCUUAUGUCAGCUCUCCUGGAAAGUACACUGUAGCUGUUGAAAUAUUUGCUAUUCUGGCUUCAAGUUUUGGUUUGAUUAUUUGCAUUUUUGCUCCCAAAUGUUUCAUAAUUAUUUUUAGGCCAGAUCAGAAUACCAAAAAACACCUUAUGGGUAAAGCACAAUCAAAAGAUCACUGA